ACCAUUUCCGGGGCCGGGGGCUGGAGCUCCUUUCAGACACGUGCUUAAAGGGGUCUCGCCGGAUGGCCGUUUGUCUCCGCUCCGUGCUAUAGGGCCUCUUGCAGGGACUGACAGCCAUAGCAGGUUUGGUGGUUGCCCUCUGACUUUUGGACACCGUUGCCUUUGGCCACCUACUGCUUUUGCCAGGGUUUUUUUCCUUGCCUUGUUUCUUGUGCCAUGGAACCAGGGGUGGCCACGUGCCUGCUCUGGCCCCUGUCGGACAUUUUCGAGUGCCUGCAGCUGCUGCUCCAGGUUGGUGCCCUCCUCUUCCAGGACCAGGAGGGACAGAUCACUUUGGACUUCCUCACCAGUGAGGCCAGGGCGUCCCUAUGGCACCCCCACCCCAGGGUGGAGAGGCCACUGUGGAGACUGGACACCAGCACCGACUGGUGGGACCGGAUGGUCCUAGGGCAAUGGGACGACCAGCAAUGGCUCCGGAACUUCCACAUGCAAAAGCGGACAUUCAUGGAGCUCUGUGCCUGGCUCACCCCUGCACUCCAGAGAGACACCACCCGGCUGCGGGCACCCAACCCCAUCAAGAAGAGGGUCUCCAUCGCAGUCUGGAAGCUGGCCACCACGGACAGCUACCGAUCAGUGGCACACCAAUUCGGGGUGGGCAGAUCCACCGUCGGCAUCGUCAUGAUGGAGGUCGUCCAUGCCAUCAACGACAUCCUGCUCCCCAGAGUGAUCCACCUGCGGGAUGUGGACACUACCAUUGCCGGCUUCGCUGCCCUCGGGUUCCCCAACUGUGGGGGAGUCCUGGAUGCAACCCACAUCCCUGUUUGGGCCCCAGAGCAUCGAGCGAUGGCAGUGGAGGGCCAGGCCUACGAACAGCCUCACACAGCUGCCAGCCGCCAGGCACACCAGGAUGGGGUGCACAUCCGGGAGGCCCUCACAGACAUGUUUUCACAGGCCCCGGAGUAG